UUUACUAUAGAUUAAGUGAUCAUUGACGUAGCACGCAGCUAAACCUCCCUAUAACAAAUAUCGUAAAACGACGUACGAAAAACACUUUUUUGUACGAGAUUAUACUGGAAAAGGAGGACAAUAUUGGUUUUCCUACUACACUCACGAAUUGUUGCGAAAUUGUUUAAGGAACGACUAGUAAAGGAGUAUCUUAUUCUAUUUGUAAGAGCAAAGUAUUUGACUUUGGAAACAAUUCGAUACGGGUCUGAUUAAACACACACAGUUAAAAUACUAGUGGGGGCUAUGUUUUCAGAGAAUGGACAAUUCUCAGUGUUUGAAGAGGAACCAUUUUGUCCUUCCUCUUCUUUCACUAGUUUUAUAUCCGCGUGCGCAUUAAUCAUUGGAAUGUUUUAUUCAUAUAUGUUACAGGUAUCUCGGAUAAUUCGUCUUGGUUCAUCUCGUGGCCUUAGUUUUACCUACUUGACUUUAGGUUUUCUAGGAGUCGUGCAUACGCUAGACAACAUUGUGACUUUAGAGGUCGGACCAUUGCGCUACUGUUGCACGCAUGAAUACGAUCAUUUUCAAUGUAUAGCUAAUUCUGUUGGUAUCAUACAAGUUGCCGUUCAGGUAUUUUCAAUUUCUUGUAUUGUCUUCUCGUAUUGGAUGUUCCUCCCUCGUCCCAUUCACUUUGUUUCUGCCGCCACUGAAGAUGGGUUUCCAGUUGCACAACCUCUCUCUAUAACAAAAAGCAAGCUGUGGCGCCAAGUAACAUUUGUACUCGUGCUAAACGUUAUUUGGGCCUUAUCCAGUUUUCUCGUAUCGUUGACUGUUCUUCGUGGAAAUAUCGCAUGGGCCAGUGUUUUGGGAACUACUGCAUCAUUAUUCGCUGUUAUUCAGUAUGUUCCGCAGAUCGUCCAAGUUUUUAUACAGAAAUCUCAUGGGGCUCUUAGUAUACCGAUGAUGUUAGUUCAAACACCUGGAGGUUUCUUAAUUACGUACAUUAUUUCUCAACUUCCAGGGACGAAUUGGUCUUCUUACAUAAUGUACCUUAUAAGCGCGUCUUUACAGGGAACCUUAUUAAUGCUUUGUCUUUACUACGUGAGACAAGAAAGACACUUCGGUUAUUCUCAACUUAAUCAAGAUGCUAUAGAAGCUGAAACGGAACGUGAGGCGGUGGAGACACUCGAGGCAGAAACUCGAACUGCAUCCUAGCUCUCAAUUGGCUUUUAUUCAUGCCCGUGAAGUCUCAUUUAUCGCUUUCUCUGUUGAAUAAGUUAUAACUUCUCGUAUCACUUUUAUAGCACAUUCGUCCAUGAAACACUUUUUAAUACAAUUUUUGUUCCGAAGCAGUAUAAGA